UUAAGAGAGAAGAGGCGAGAUAAAGAGGGUGUGAAUGUGUGAGCGAGAGAGAGAGAUCUUUACCGGUGUCCAUUAUUGCACACAGAUCAGAAUGAUUCAGUUCUGUACUGAUGGAUUUCUUGUAUUUAGCAUACUGAUCAUCAUGUCAGUGGUGAAAUGUGAGACAAAAGAGGUCCUGUCUUUCACUGCAAAUAAAGGAGGAAAGGUUGAUAUACAGUGUCCCUAUGAGUCUAGAUAUGAAACAAAUGACAAGUAUUUGUGCAAAGGGAUGUGUCCAAAUAUUCCUUUUUUAAAAGACAUACCUGUUAAAUCCGGAGCAGAACCUAAUGACAGGCGAUUCAAUCUGACUGACAACUCAACAGCCAACAUCUUCACUGUCACCAUCACUGAUCUGAGACCAUCAGAUGAAGGCAAAUACUGGUGUGCAAUAGUGACAGGCUCUGGACGUACUGAUGAUUAUAAAGAGGUUUAUCUGAAAAUUCAACAUGAUAAUGGAGGUUUAUUAACCGUGAUAACAACGACUACAAAGACAACAACUAUCAGCUCAAUGUCACCAGUAUCUUACCAUUACACGGUCAACACUCAGACUGUGGCUUCAUCAUCACCAUCAUCAACAAGUGUCUGUAUAGUGUCAGAAAAUUCAGAUUUGGCGACAAUGAUCUCGCUGUCAGUAACAGUGAUUCUUCUUCUUCUGUUUGGACUUUCACUCUUCAUGUUCUACAGACAGAGAAACAAGAAGAAAAAUCAUGAUUCCUCACAGAUCAACAGUAACACGCUCCAAGAAAGUGUUGAAAACAAUAUUUAUGUUAUUCAGACCGUCUUUGAAGGACCCCAUGAUGUGAAAAACCACUCCGACUGCUGUACCUGUUCAUCGUGUGUUAAUGGCAACAGUAAUAUACUCACAAACCCCUCUGAGACUAUAAACACUGUUUAUGCUACAGUUCAAUUACCCAGAAAACCUUUGGCUUGAAUGUUCAGUUUUUAUCACUGCAUAAUUUCUUAGAUUUCCUUGAUUUUACAUGAUAUUACAUAUUAAGUGUUAAUUUUAAGUCAGAUGAAGAGCCUGAUCAUGUUUGAAAUGUAACAAUGUUUCCAACUUGUACUUCUCUGUCGCCAUCUCAGUUUGAAACAUAAAAUUGCAAGGUAAGUUAACAUACCAUACUUAUCUUUGAGUGCCUCGCAAUUCAAAAGCUGGAUCCUUUCGAAGGACGCGGACUUUGAAGGCGGGACUCGAGGGAUGCAGCCUCUGAACUCGAACUGAAGCGAACUGAAAUGAGACGGUCUAGCAAAUGAUAUUUAGUAGAUGUGCAGAAGAUGAUAUUUAAUAACUUGUUUACUAAAAGGGGUCAUGGUGUGAAAAUCUGACUUUUUUCAUGUUUAAGUGCUAUAAUUGUGUCCCCAGUGCUUCUAUCAACCUAGAAAACGUGAAAAAGAUCAACCCAGUAACUUUGUUUGGGGAAACUAUUUUCUGUAAGCAUGUGAAAAAUUAAGUUGUUUAGAUUUCGCCUGUUUUGUGAGGUAGGUAGCAAGGCGAAUUACAAUAAUACCACCCCCUUUAUCUGCACUAUCCAACCACAGCACUGCCAUUUAGUGCAGAGAAAAAGAGGGAGAAAAGAAGGACUUGACAGCACAAUUGAGUUUCAAUUACAACAAACCACCAUCAUUGUGAUCAGUGUUUGCGUUUCAUCAGCUCAUUUGCAUUUUAAAGGACACACCCAAAAACGGCACACUUUUACUCAGGCCUACAAAUUUGCGAGAUUAAAAUCCUAUAAUAAAUUAUCUGUGGGGUAUUUUGAGAUAAAACUGCACAUACGCACUCUGGGGACACCAAAGAUUUAUUUUACAUCUUAAAAAAAUCUCAUAAUAUGACCCCUUUAACAGUAUUAAAAACAUUACCUGAAAGUUAUUUACUACUUCUAAUUACAGCUUGUGACCAAGCUGUCAUUUUAUUUUUGUUAUAAAAGUCACAUUUAAUGUAAUCUUGCAUUUUAUUUUAAUGAUGUUUUAAUAAAAAAAGUUGUACUUCAUGUUAUGCAAAAGUAUAUAUUUUGUUAUCCAA